CUUUUUAGGAAAGAUUUGAUCAGUGCAAUGAAACUGCCUGAUUCGCAACCGUUGCCUCCUGGGCGCUACAUAACAAUAACAGAUACGUGGAAGCAAGAAUGGGAAAAAGGAGUUCAAGUACCAGUAAAUCCUCAAUCGCUAUCGGAGCCAACUUUUAGGUUUGCUAUCUACUCUGAUCAAAAAGAUUGCAUUGCCAAGCAACGCCAAUAUGAUCUAGACGAAACAGAUAUAGCAUGGCUUCAGUUAAUGAAUGAAAGAAGAACUUUCCUUCUUUCACUCUUACGGUGGUGCUGUUAUAAUUCUGUACUUGCAGAUAGUAAGAAAUGCCAUGAAAAAAUGAAUGUGUUAGUGGAGUCGGAAAAGCUCGGAAUAGAAUACGACGAUGACAUUCCUUGCGACGUUUGUCAGUCGCCUUUCAGCGAAGAAGGCAAUGAAAUGGUAUUUUGCGAUCGUUGCAAUGUGUGUGUUCAUCAGGCUUGUUAUGGUAUUACUGUUAUACCUGAUGGUAAUUGGUAUUGCGAACCUUGUCGCCUUGGCAUUCGGUUACCAUCGUGUAUAUUUUGUCCACAUAAAAGUGGCGCUAUGAAAAAAACACAGGAUGGAUCACGUUGGGGUCAUGUCAGUUGUGCUCUCUGGAUUCCAGAGACACGGAUGGGCAAUCCUGAGAAAAUGCAGCCCAUUACCAGAGUAAAUCGUAUUCCAGCUAGUAGGUGGACUCUGCUUUGCUGUUUAUGCCAAGAAAAAUAUGGGGCCUGCAUUCAGUGUUCUGUUCCAUCAUGUACAGUCUCAUUUCAUGUCACAUGUGCUAUUAAGAAAGGAUUAGUCAUGGUCGCACGUUUAGAUGAUUUUGCUCCGGGAGGCGUAAAGCAUAUAGUGUGUUGA